ACGAUAAUUGUCCAUGUUCAGUCUAGGAGCAUAUCGUUCUGGAAAAGCACCAGACUGAGUGGCGUUUUGUGGUAUGGAGCACAUGCUUCUGACCAUUCCAUAUCGUUGCUGCGUUGGCUGUGGGUUGUCAAAUAUUUUCUUUAUCUGGAGGUAAGAGGAACGGGGAACGUGAUUAAAUCAGCUAUUGGCUUUCAUUGCUAUAAAGACCUUUCAGAGGUAAGACAUGGGCCAGAAAUUGCUUGCUCAACCACCGGUUGACCACUCCUCGCUUAUCUCUCGAGUCUUUCUACAUCAUGCGUAUCAACUAUCUUUUUUUCGUUAUCUUGACCCGCGCUGUGCACACGACAUUGGGUGCGACGUAUUACAGGACGAGCCAACUCGCAGGCCAGAGCUUCCUUGACGCGUUUAAUUUCCAAGCCAUCUCGGACCCUACCAACGGCAGAGUGACCUAUGUCGACGAGAGUACCGCCCAAGCGGAUGGACUCGUUUCAGUGGCUAAUAACAAACUCACUCUCCGAGCAGACUAUACUACGCGGCUGUCUUCUUCCGACCCAGGAAGAAAAUCUUUUCGAAUCCAGUCAAAUUCCCAGUAUACAACUCAUGUGGCAAUUUUCGACAUUGCGCAUAUGCCACAAGGUUGUGGGACAUGGCCGGCUGUUUGUGAAGUCGGGGGAAACUGGCCUAAUGAAGGCGAAGUGGAUAUCGUAGAAGGUGUCAACGAUCAAACGCCUAACAGAUGCAGUCUACACACAAGUUCCGGUUGCACAAUGCCCUCUUCUCGCUCAAUGACGGGUACUGUCGAUGGUACAGAUUGCAGCGCAUACGAUAACUACAAUGCAGGAUGUGGGGUCGAGUUCAAUGACAACCUGAGCUAUGGCCCGAAUUUUAACAACAACGGGGGUGGCUGGUACGCGGUAGAACGGAGUUCAAGCUACAUCAAAGUUUUCUUUUGGGAGAGGACGAGUGGUUCCGUUCCAAGCGACGUCAAGUCUCCCGGGUCAAGCAUCAAUACUAGCAAUUGGGGGACACCCGUCGCAUAUUUUCCCAGUACUGAUUGCAACUUUUCUACUUACUUUGGAGCACACAACAUCAUAAUCAACCUUACAUUCUGUGGAGAUUGGGCAGGUAGCAGCUCAGCUUACUCCGCGUCCGGUUGUCCGUCUACAUGCGUCGACUACGUAAACAACAACCCGUCAGCAUUCAGCAACGCUUAUUUCGAGUUCAACUCGUUGAACAUCUACCAGUGAGGCGAGCCUUUUGUAUGAAAUGCCGUGCUAGCAGUUACGAAGUAUUAAAUUGUAUUAACAUUGUAUACCCAGAAAUCAGGGGCUAAGUAAAUGCUUACAAGCAGUUUUGAUCUCUGGGUGUGAUAUGGAGAUGAAUCCUGCCUAUGGCGAGCUGGCAAUGAUGCAACUUGUAGUGGUGAACGCAUUAAGUCCGGCAACCUCGCGGCGUUGGUGUCCUGUAGACAGAAACGG